UGGAGCUGGAAAAUCGGGAAGUGGAGGUGAAAACCCACUGAAAGCUUCGGAAAACGUGCUUCCACUGAGGAAAAUGGAAGAAGAAAGUCCAGAAAGCAAAGAGAAUCUGACAGCAUCUGCAGAAGCCAGAGAUUUCCUGUCCAGCAUCGAGCCCAGGGAGCUGCGCAGAUGUGCGUUUGCGGACUCUUUAGUAACGCUCUCAGACACGGGAAGGGAGCCGGGAGAGUUCACAGUCACCGUUCUCAUGAGCGCUUAUGAAGACGAGCCGUGUUUUCUCGUACAGGCCAACAGCCACGGCUUCAUCGAUCACAUCCCAUGCGGAACCUCUAUCACAGCUUACAUAUCAAUGGCACUUGAGACGUUAGAACAAAAUCAUCACGAGUAUGUUAAGCUUCAGGACCACCCUUUGGACAAGAAGUGUCAUAUCGUUCGGCGCGGUGAAGAGAUGGUGAUGAACAAAGUGGUCACCGAGGGACAGGAGGUGAAGACACAGAGCUUUACAUUUCCGCUGAGGUCUCUGGAAGGAUUUGUAUCAGAGGCCUCCAAUCUGCUCAUAAUGCGCAUUCUGGCUCAGAGGAGGACUGUUCCUGAGAACAUGGUCUUCGUGUCCUUUGACACGGACAGCCGGAUCUCUGCCUCCGCCUAUAAAGAGCUGGGGGAGCGGAAACAGCAGGUGGGGAGUGAGACUGUGGACGUGUUUGGGAUUCAGAGGACGGUGGAGUCCAUCGCUGACAUCCCCGCAACAUGGCACUGCUACUUCCUCCCUGACGGCCACCUUGCCAGCAGAGUCCAGAUUGGGUCCCCAGUGACUAUGAAGCUCACACAGCUCCCAGCUGUACUGGAAAGAGAUGAGAAGGAGGACAAAGCUGCAUUUGAGAAGAAACCCCUGUUGUGGGAAGAAGACAUGGAGCUGUACUCCAAAUUUUUGGACAGAAAGGAGGAGCUGAAAGCCAGCCAUGCCUCGUACGUCCGACACCUCCCCGAGCUCAAAGCCUUGCUGGCCGACUUCCUGCAGUUCCUCCUGCUCAGAAAACCCGAGGACAUCUUCUCCUUCGCCGCCGAGUACUUCGCUCCAUUCAGCUCCCACAUGGACCCGGGAUGCAGUGCAGCACAAAUGAAGAAAGAACAAGAAUCGCAAAAACCUUGACGCAUAAA